AUGGUCUUUAAGCAAACUACGAAUGACGCUCACGACAAUGUAGGCUUACAAUCAGAAAAUGCCCAGGAACGCCCCAGAAAACAGAUCAAUCGAAUUGUAAAUCGGGUUCGUCCUGGAAUCGGAGUGAAGCCGUAUAAAUGCAAGCAUUGUAAAAAGUGCUUUAGCCAAUCAUCAGAUUGCAAGGAACAUGAACGAACUCACACAGGAGAAAAGCCGUAUUCAUGCAAGUAUUGUACAAAGUGCUUUAGCCAUUUAGGAAGUUGCCAGAAACAUGAACGAACUCACACAGGAGUGAAGCCUUAUACAUGCAAGCAUUGUGAUAAAUGCUUCAGCAACUCAGCAAGUUGCAAGCGGCAUGAACGAACGCGCACAGGAGUGAAGCCGUAUUCAUGCAAACAUUGUAAUGAAUGCUUUAGCGACUUAUCAGGUUGCAGGCCGUAUUCGUGCAAGUAUUGUAAAAAGCGCUUUAGCCAGUCAUCACAUUACAAGGAACACGAACGAACUCACACAGGAGAGAAACCGUAUACAUGCAAGUAUUGUACAAAGUGCUUUAGCCUAUCUGGAAAUUGCCAGAGACAUGAACGAACUCAUACAGAUGUGAAGCCAUACAUAAAGACAUUGUGGUGA